AUGCAGACCGCUUCCGGCACUCAAGAGUCUCCCUGCAAGGAGAAAGCCGCUCGCCGAAAGGAGCGCAAGGCCGCCAAGAAACGGAACAAACGGCAGUUGCAAAGUAGCAAGAAGUGCACCGAGCAGGCCGGUCUGCUGCCCCCAACAGCCUCCGAUGUCGACCCCGAUAUCAAGAAGGAGCAGAUUGAUAGCCCUACCAAUGCAGUUCCCAUCACGGACCCCGACUCCGAGAGCGAGUGGGAGGGCUUCCCUGACCCGCCCGCCCCUGCCGCGCACAUCUCGUCUCCCACCUCCGAAGCGGACACUGUCAACUUUGAAGAUGCGGACAACGAGGACCCUGACAGCGAGGGGGACCCUGACGGCAACGACUUUGACGACCUACCCGCGAUCGAGGGGAAGAACGGCAUCAGCGCUCUGCAGGAGAGCAUCGCGCACCAAUUUCCAGGCGACCCCCGCCCCGCCACCCACGCCCUGCGCAACCUCCUCGACCCGGAGCUCACCAAGGAGCUCGGCGGCGUCCGCGGCCCCUCGCAGCCGGGCCUUCACACCGCCGAUCAUCUCGCCGUCGCCACGCGCCUCUGGUUCCGGAAGCACAGGAACAAGAACGUGGUAAUGGGCAUCGUCUUCAAGAACGGGGACCCCGUGGUCGACGCCGCCGGCGAUCGCCGCAACGCCAAGAUCCUGUGGGUGGAAUUCAGGGGCGUCAGCGUACCCCGUCAGGGCCAGGGCUUGAAGGUCAACAGCUUCCUGGGGUUGCCCAUUGUACCGGCCAAAGUCCGCGAGGAUAGCAAGAAGUAUCUGGCAACCGGUGGCUGGCGUUAG